AUGGAUCAUCGCCCGCAAGCCUGGGGUCGGCCUAGAGACGACGUCUACGGCGCCUACGAUGCCUCCUACCUCCACACAAGCGGCCCCAAGCAGGCCACGCAAUCACCAAUCGUCACCGGCACCUCAGUCAUCGCCAUCAAGUACAAGGACGGCGUCGUCAUGGCGGCAGAUAAUCUGGCAUCCUACGGCUCCCUAGCCCGCUUCACAGACACAAAGCGCCUGCGCUCCUUCGCCGACACGGCCCUCGUCGGCUUCGGCGGCGACGUCUCGGACAUGCAGUACCUCGACCGGCACCUGACGGAGCUCGCCGUCGACGAGGCCUACGCGAACCCGACCUCGUCGCCCGACGACGCCGCCGCCAACACCCUCUCGGCCGCCAACCUGCACAAGUACCUCGGCAAGCUCUUCUACAGCCGCCGCUCCAAGUUCGACCCGCUCUGGAACCAGGUCCUCGUGGCCGGGCUCGACGACGACGGCGAGCCCUUCCUCGCCUCGGCCGACCUGCGCGGCACGACCUUCUCGAGCCCCUCGCUGGCCACGGGCUUCGGCUCCGCCCUCGCCCAGCCCAUUAUGCGCCGCUACGCCGCCACCGAGGAGGACGCCGCCCAGCUCACGCGCGAGCAGGCCGUCGACGUCAUCAAGGAGUGCAUGAAGGUGCUCUACUACCGCGACGCCCGCAGCCUCGACACCUACAGCAUCGGCGUCGUGACCAAGGAGGGCGUCGAGAUCAAGACGGACGAGAAGCUCGAGCAGCAGAGCUGGGCGUUUGCCGAGAGGAUCCGCGGCUACGGCACCCAGACCGUCUAG